AUGGCGGAGGAGCGCACGCACGCUCUAGAGCAGCAGAUGGUGGCGAUGGCUCAGGAGCUGCAGAAUCGCCAGCAGAGGGAUAAUGAUCUCCCGGCCGAGGUGCAGCGUCUCGGCCGUGCGGCCGAGGCUCGACCACGGGUGGAGGGACCUGUGCUGCAGCCUCGAACUGAGUCGCUCGUGGACAUUCGCACGCUGUGCAAGCCAGACGUGUUCUCGGGGGUGAUCUUCAAGGCGUACUGUGGCGUUGUGAACGCUGACUUGCUGGCAGGGAUGCGGCUGGCAGAGAGUGUUGACGAGGCCUCAGUCCAUAUCGGUGACUUCAUAGAAGAGAGUAUGAGGCAGGCCUCGCAGCAGCUGUAUUACAUCUUGCUACUCCUCUGCCGGCAGCACCCUCUGACGACGAUCGUGAACGCUGGCGAGAAUGAGGGCUUCCAGGCUUGGCGCAAGCUGGUCAAGUACAACGAACCGAAUGCGAGGUCCCGCAUCGCGGGGCAGCUGCAGAAUCUCCUGAACUUCGCGUUCACGGGCGAUGUCGAGGACCGGCUGGCGCUGUUCGAGCGAGAGCUCCUCAGGUGCGAGCAGAGGAGCGGCGAGGCCAUCUCGGCCUCCAUGAGGAUCCGCAUCGUCCUUCGGCAGCCCGAGGAAGGCCCUCUACGCCAGCACCUCUUGCUCAAUGCGACCAGGCUGGUGGAGUGGCAGGAUUCCCGACGCGAGGUCACCGACAUCCGCUGUGCCCAGAGCGCCAUCGCCCCGCGCGAAUGCCCGAGCAAGCGCAGGGGGACGUUGGCGAGCAUGGGGCAGACGCUGGCUCGCAUCAACGCCUCCCAGUCGACGAGCACGACUGCGCCGUCGGCGGUCAGCUCUAUCUCGACGGCUGCGACUACGAGGCUGAGUCUGGCGACGGCGGUGUCCGGCGCGAGCUCUCGGCAGGUCGCAGCACUCUACCUGAACGACGCGGACGAGCAGGCCAGCUACCCGUCCGCGAACAUCCACUCCCUCAUCAUCUACGACCCAGGGCCGGACAAGGCGGGCGCGGUCGACUCUGCGAUCGGCGCGGCCUUGGGCCUGGACAUGAUCCACGGCAACUCAGAUGCGGAGGAGGUCGAGCUCAACGGCAUCUUGCGCGUGGGCAUCGACUUGUGCGCGGCGGCCUCGGCGCUGCUGCGUGGCUCGUGUGCAGACUACCGGGUGCACGAGGGUGGCCAGGCGAUCUCGUGCAAGACCGCCUCUGGCCACUACGUGAACGACGAGGGCGUUAGGCUCCUCGCGGGGACGUCGACGAUGCCUGGGGCAUCCCAGGCGCGCGCUGCCAAGUUCAAGGUGGCGGACGUCAGCAAGCCGUUGCUGAGCGUCGCGGAGAUGGUCGACUUGGGCCAUCGGCUCGUCUUCGACUCCGAGGGCGGGCGGGACAUUAGCUACGCGCGUCGCAAGACCAGCGGAGGCGUCGUCAAGUUCUGCCGCAGGAGCAAGGUCUACGAGAUGGACUUGCACGUUGACCCGCGCGCGCCGGAGGUCUGCCCGGUCGAGGCGGCAGGCCGCGAGCCUCCUCCCGAGGGCGAGGCCAGCCAGCCAGGCGCGGCUCACGAGGAGGUCGCAGAGGGCCCGCCGGCACGGCUGGCGAGGGAGCCCGCGGCGCCGACGGCGGCCGAGCGAGCCGCGCAUGAGGAGUCGGCGCUCGCGGUGGUUGGCAUCGACUACGGCUACCUCGGUGAACGAGAGGGCGCCACGCCGCCGCUGAUCGGGGAGGAUUCGAAGCAGCGUUGGUUCCACGCGUCGGUGGUUCCAUCCAAGGGGGCGCAGCAUCCCUGGCCGGCGAAGUCGUGGUCCAGGAGGCUGGCAUCGGCUGGCCACAAGCGCUUAAUCUCCCGCUCGGACGGCGAGGCGCCGCUCGUCGCCCUGAAGACCCGCGUCGGGGCCAAGCUCAAGGAGGAGUACGGCGUCGAGACGGUGCCGGAGGAGAGCGCGGUCGGCGACUCUCAGGGCAACGGCCUUGCCGAGCACGCGGUGCGCGAGGUCAAGGCCAAGGUUUGGACGGCGCGGGCGCAGGUGGGCGACCUCCACUGCGCGAGCAUUGGCGUCGAGCACCUGGUGACCCCGUGGAUGGUCGAGUUCGCGGCCAUGCCCAUCAACCUGGGCAGGCGUGGCGCGGGCGGCCGCGCGGCUUGGGAGCUUCGGCGCGGCCGCCCCUUCAACGAGGACCUGGCUUGCUUCUCGGAGAAGGUCAUGUACCUCCCACGGGGCCAGCGCAAGGCCGGGAUCGAUGACAAGUUCAUCGCUGGGCUCUAUCUGGGGCCCACGCUUCGGACGGACAAGGUCUACACUGGCACGGGGUUGGGCGCACUGCGGGCCAGGGACCUGCUGAACAGUCUCGCGGGGAAGCCGUGGGCGCCGGUGCCGACGGACAUGGCGGUGGACGAAGCACCGGUGGCCAUCGAGAUCCGGCCGCGGGCCGUCUACAUCAGGAAGGACGUCGAAAUCGCGAAGUACGGGAUUUCCCCGGGCUGCCACGGCUGCGCCGCGAUCCUCGACGGCGCCCGGGCGCGGGCCCACAACUCAGCAGAGCGCCGCGCUCGGAUCGACCAGGCGAUGCAGGGCGACGAGGUGCCGCCAGCACCUGAGGCCGCGGCGGCGGCUGACGUGGCGAUGGCUCCGGCACACCGCGACCCAAGCGACGACAACAUGCAGGAGGAGAUCGGUGCCCUCCUGCUCUCCCUCGGCUACAGCGGGCGCAAGGCCGACGUGAUGGAGGCAUUCUGCCCGAAUAGGCUUGUGGGCUUUGCCCCGCUCUUCGGUCUGGUCCAUGGCGGCUCGUUCGACUUGAGGGUUGGCUGGGGCCUGACCGACCGCCAGCAGCAGCGACAGUGCCGGGAGCUGAUUAAGCACUACGAGGCCGACGCCAUCGGGUGCGAGCACUUGAGGUUCGCGAUGGGGCUCUACACGCUGCAGGUGAAGAACGACCGCGCGUUCUUGCACGAGCGCCCCUGGAGCGCGGACAGCUGGGACCUGGACAUCGUGAAGGGCGCGCUGGUUCUCCCCGGCGUCGAGGUCGGGCGGGGCGACCAGUGCGCGUUCGGCCUGGCGGUUGCGGACGCGCACGGCGACAGGCUCGCCAAGAAGCCGACAGGAUGGAUGAGUAUCAACAAGUUGGCGUUGGAGGAGGUCUGCAUGCGCUGCCCCAACGACGCCGGCAUUGGCAGCAGACACGAGCACUCCACCUUCGUCGGCCGGAACAUGCGCGUGGCGGAGAGGUGCCCGGUGAAGCUCCCCCGUGCCAUCCCCCGUGGUCUCCGCCGGCACCUUGGGAACAAGAAGGUGCUCACGCUUUCGGCCCUGGAUGUUGGGCCGAACGUGGGCGACGAGGAGAUCGGCCUGGAGGACUUCGUCGGGCGGUGGCGCGACACGCUGAGGACCGAGUUCUACCGCGACCUCACUGGCCUACCGCUGGACCCCACGCUGGUGAAAGCCGCGAGGCGCCGGGAGAUGGAUUUCAUGGCGCAGCUCGGCGCGCGGGUCUACGCGAGGGUGGAAGACUGCCAGCGCGAGCUCGGACGGAGGCCUUUCAGCGCGCGCUGGGUUGACAUCGACAAGGGCGACGCCGACCGGCCGGACUACAGAUCCAGGCUCAUCGCGCAGGAGACCAAUGCGCAGAGCACCGUCGCCGGGGACGACAUCGGCGCGGUGUUCGCGGUGACCCCGCCGCUGGAGCGCCUUCGGCUCAUCUGCAGCUUGGCGAUGUCAAGCGACCCGUCCGAGGGUCGCGUGCUGCGCUUCCUGGGCAUCUCGCGGGCACGCCCGCACUGCGAAAUCAAGAGGACGGUCUGCGUCAAGCUUCCAGGGAAGGAUCCGAUGUCGCAGGAGGUCGGUACGUGUGGGCUCUUGCGGAUGGCGCUCUACGGGACGCGCGACGCUGGCCAGGUUUUCGAGCUCGCUACCGCCGAGACGGUCAUUGGUGCUGGCUGCGACCAGUCGGCCUUCUCACCUUGCGUGUACUGCCACAAGGACCUGCAGGUGAGCUUCUUCCACCACGGCGAUGACUUCGUGCUCGAGGGCUCCCGGGGCGGGACGGAGUCGAUCUGCGAGGCUCUGAAGACGAAGUUCAUCGUGAAGGACAGGGGCGUGCUCGGGCCGGCGCCUACCGACGCGAAGGAGAUCACGCGCCUCAACAGGGUAGUGCGCUGGCGAGACCGAUGGGGCCAAGGGGGCGGGGCCAUUGAGUACGAGGCGGAUCCCAGGCGCGCGCAGAUCCUGCACGCACAGCUCGGAAUGGACCCCCGCACUACGAAGUCAUUGAGCACGCCAGGGCUGAGCCAGAAGCUGACACCUGAGGUCGAGCGCGAGCUGAACGAGCACGAGGCGGCGGAGUACCGCAGCGCGUGCAUGAGGCUGGGCUACCUGGCGCUCGACCGGCCAGAGGUGCAGUUCACGGCCAAGGAGUGCGCUCGCGGCAUGCAGAAGGCGACAGAGCGACGCCUCCGCCUCCUGAAGCGUGUUGGGCGCUUCUUGAUCGGGGCGCCGCGGGCCAUCUGGAGGUGGGGCCGACAGCGGGCGCCCACGGUGAUGGACAUCUAG